AUGGCCUGGAAGCCUCUCCACCUGUCUGCAUCUGCCGGCGCACAUCUGCCGGCUCUCUUGAUCUCCGAAGCAUUCACGGCCGCCUCUUACACGGUCCACCUGACAGACCUUGCGUACAUCUGGAGCGAAUGUCUGGACCGGCGGGAUAUCAUCCGACGCAGCCGUGCAGAGGACACAAGCAUCGACCCCAGCGAUAACGAACAGCUGCAGAUUCUCUUAGAGAAAAUAAAGCUGGGGCUUGCAGGCGGGAAGGACACAACCUUAGCUCUGACGAUCAGGGCCGAUGCGGACCGUCCCUCUCUUACUCUCAACAUCAACGUCAAGCUUCCUGGAGGCCUUGCGCCGCUGCAAUGGCCUGUUCAGCUCGCCGCCGCGCCGCAGUCAAUAAUGACAAGUCAGUUUAUGGUCCCGUUACUGAAGGCACAGCAUGCGAAGACGCAGGAUGUGGCCAGCUUAGUUGAGGUGCUGAAGGACAAGGAUCAUGUAAUACAGAAACUACUAGACAAACUGGAGGGGCAAGGGACUGAAUUGGGACAGAUUUUCCCUCAGGCAGCGGGGAGGAUAGGACGGAAGGUGGAUCGCAAAAGUGCCGAGGGCAGGGUCAAAGGGUUGGGGCAGUUCGACCUGGAGACGUGGCAGAAGAGCAGAAAUCACGAGAUAUCACGGGAUGUUGCAGCGCUGGUUGGAGAUAUGUUUGCGGCUGAUAGCGCGGAUACCUUCGGGAUUGCGGGCAGUGUUGCUGGAUCUGAGGACCAAGAGAGUUGGUGGGAGUCUAUCAAAGGUAUCACGAUCAAUCUUGAUAGUGGCAAAUUCUCAACCAACGGUGCAUCAGGAGCUCGCAACACUCCACUGAGAUCAAAACCACCCCUGAGAAAAGAGGAAACCAUCGAAGACGACGCUUUCCAGGUUCAAGCAACGCCUCCGCACCUCACCAAGUCACCACAGCGUGCCGCUUCAAAUCCAGUAAUAAACGACUCAACUGACGACGAUGGCGGCCUUGAUGCACCCACUCAAAGGUCAAAGAUACCAGACAGUUUCCCAGCUUCUCCACCUCAAGCCGAUCCCUCGCCGAAGAAGCCUAAGAAACUCGGCGCCAUCGGAUCCAAAAAGGCAGCCGCAAAAAUCGACCCUCCCGACGAAGAAGACACAGCAGGUGAGGCCUCGUUUCCCCUCAAAGCGAAUACCGAUAAAAGCACAGCUUCUCCAACACCACCACCUGUUUAUGAAAAGGUAAUCCGGCCAAAAAAGCGACUGGGACAGAUCGGAGGGAAAAAAGAGCUACCACCACCAGAGCCAGAGCCAGAGCCCGAACGAAAAAUCUCUCCACCGCCUGCAAAGACAACUCCAGCCCCAGAAGCGCCGAAAGCAAAGAAAGGGAAGCUUGGGCAGAUCGGAGGGAGGAAGAAACGAGCUGAGACGCCACCUCCUGCCGAGGAGGCCCAGCCACAGGUUGACGCUUCGACCUCCGCAACUCCAAACCGAAAACUCGGUGCAAUUGGGCAUAGACACCAGCCGCCUGCAACAAAGAAGGAAGGUAGUCCUUCGCAGGCAGAAGAGAGUAGGGGAAGAGCAAGCGUGCAGCCUGAGAAAGAAAAGACGCCUCCGCCUCGAGAGACGUCGGAAGAGAGAGCGGAUAAGAAACGCCUUCAACUGAAGCGCGAAUUGGAGGAGAAGUCCAAGGCGCCUGUGAAAAAGAGGAAGAAGUUUUGA